AUGGUGGAUUGCGAAAAGAGAGUUUCGAUCGACAGACGGGCCGACGAAGCACUUCCUUUGUACGAGCCGAUGAGCGCGAUUGGUAGACUUCAUGCCAUGACUUCGACAACGCCUCCAAGUCAUCGAGACGCGCAAGACAGAUACGACCUUCCAAUUCCAGUGCAUGUAUCCACCGCUGGGAGCAUGGCAUCAUCCUGCUGGAGCUACGCGCUCUGGGGACAAGAUUUGCUCCAAUCGCGCAAGCCAGACUUGGCCCGAGAUUACCGCAUCAGCUGUAACAAGGAGCAAGUGGAAGAACCCGACACGCGAUGGCAUGAAUGA